AUGACGACACUGCAGAGGCAAGCCAGCCAGCUUGUACCCGCACGGCGAUCGUAUCCGCAUUCGGCAAGUACCCUCGUACAAAUGGACAAGUACGGAGUCAAGCUGGCACCUAACAGGAUCGUAUUCUCGUCGGACAUUGAAAUAAUUUCCAGCAGGUUCCUCAUUACAUCACGUCAUUCCGCUGCAUCGACGAUUCGAAUUCGCUCGCUCUGCCCUGGCCAAAGCACGCCGCCGUUUCUUCCUAUUGCAUCACUUUUCUUCUGCAAUCUCGAGGCACAUGCUACCCUACCGCCUGGCGUGUCAGCAGCGCUCGUAGCGGGUGCCAAGCCUGCGGCUGCCCCUGAAGGCAUCCGCCGUGGUCGCCGAAUUAUCAUCGCUUCGCCACCAUCCUUCGACACCGGUUCCCUACGUCCUCUGACCUUGACCCUUUGCCCUUCAACCGCCGCUGCACCUGCGCGGCACGGCACGGCACAGCACUGGACGACGGCCGAGACGGGCAGACCCGCAGCGUGCGGCAGCAGCACGAUGGACGUCAGCAGCGGCAGUGGCCUGGCGAAGCUUUUGCCAAGGUCUCUUUCCGUCAAGCGCAGGCGGAGAAAAAACAAGCUGGCCAGGACGGCGACGCUCGACGGCGAAGCCAACGGACCCCGCUGGAACGGCCUCGAUAGCGACGAUGCCCGCUCGAUGAUGACGGCCGGUUACGACGAGGAGCUGGAUCGCAGGAGCUUUCGCUCGUACGGCUCAGGCUCGGCCCUGCGCGAGUCAUAUACGGCUGCGGCCUAUGCGUACGUGGCCCGCACCCACCCAACCCCCACUCCGUUUUACGUCUUGAUGUAUGGCCAUGGCCACGGCCGUGACGAUGAUGACGACGAUGAUGACGGCCGUGGUCAUGGUGGUGUCGCCGCGGUCGUGGCGACCGGGAUGAUGGGUCAUGGAUGCUGCAUGAUGACCUGGGACUGUGCACCGCUUGCCGGACCUGAUGCUCGCGUCGACGGUCCGCUCGCUCGCUCGCUUACCCACGGUCCCGGCCGAUCCGCUUACCCUGUCCCCCUUGCAUCUCCGGCCGAGCCGGCAGCACGACCCGUCAGCUCCCCACCAGCAGCACCUCGUCCUGCCACCAUUUCCGCGCACCCGACCCGGACGGCAUACUUGUCAACGUCAUCACCACCACCCGUCGUCCAAGCCGAGCACCUCAACGCCCAGUCGUACUUUGAAGCCCAGUAUCGCCACACCCCGAGCCCUUCGCAUCGCCACGACGGUCGCAGCAGCCUCCUCGCCGCCUCGCCCGAGUCCCAGGACGGCUUCGUCAUCGAGCCUCCGGCCGCCGCGAGGGUGCCGACGUCGCCCGACGAACACUCGAGGCAGCCGCCCCGGAUCGUGACCCAUCCCCCUCGAACGCCGCCGCCCGCCGACAGGCCGGCCCCGGUCAUCGUGAACACGCCGCCGACGCCGACGGACCGACAAGACGUCGUCGCCGCCUCGACGCCCGACAGCCGCGUCGCCGGGACCCGGGCGAGCCCUGGCUCCGGUGCAGAUGGCAGCAGCAUCAGCAGCCUGUCCGCCCUGCAUAGCAUGACGGCUCGCCGAAGGAGCAAAUCCGGCUCCAUCUCGCUCGUGCCCAGCAAGCUCUCCAGCAUCACCUCGGCGCCCCUCACGCCCACCGACGAGACGGCCGAGACUUCGCUGCCCGCCGCCAGCUCCUCCACCGGCUUCUUCUCCUCGGUCCUCUCGGCCGCCCAGAACGCGGCGACGACCAUCAGCAAUAACAUACCGACGCCGAGCAUCAGCCUCGGAGGCAACAAGAGCCGUUCGAGCCUCGCCAAGCCGCAGCCGUCGCCCGUGCACCCGCCCGACGGCGCCGAGCCCGAACCGGAGCCCGAACCGCGAAUCAGCGGCUCGAUGGACCACAAGGAGUCGGCCGUCCGAACCCUGGGCAGCGGCGACCUGUGCUUGAGCCAGUUCGGCAUCGCCGAGACGUCCGGCUCCGUGACCUCGCCGGCGAGCGCCAAGUUCCCGGAUGUCGUCGACUCGAGGACGAGAUCCGAGUCGGCGCCCGUCGACCCCCAGACCCGCGUCGCCGAGGCGGCGCCCGAGGAGGCGGCGAGCCGGCCGCGCUCGCUGGUCGACGUCGCCGUCGCCUCUCCGCCCCUCCAGCCGGACCCGACCGAGGGCAAGUCGAGCGCGCCGAUGCAGCGAAGCUCGAGCAUCCGAAGCGCCAUCAGGACCCGCCGGAAGCGGGGGAGCUCCGUCACCACGGGCGGCACCGGGACGACGGUCGGCGCCCCCGCCGGCGCCGCCCCGAGCUCCGUCAUCUCGCCGAGCGCGAGCUUCGGCGUGCCGAAGCUCACGGGCUUCGCCAUCGCCAGCAAAAAGCGGAACCGCGACUUUCACCGGCUCUUCAAGAGCGUGCCCGACGACGACUACCUCAUCGAGGACUACAGCUGCGCCCUGCAGCGGGAAAUCCUCGCCCACGGUCGCCUCUACGUCUCCGAGGGCCACCUCUGCUUCAGCAGCAACAUCCUCGGCUGGACGACGAUGCUCGUCGUCAGCUUCGACGAGAUCGUCUCGGUCGAGAAGCGGAGCACGGCCCUGCUCUUCAAGAACGGCCUCAUGAUCUCGACGCUGCACGCGAAGCACAUCUUCGCCAGCUUCACCAGCCGCGACGCGACCUACGAUCUCAUCAUCAACAUAUGGAAGCUCGGCCACCCGACCCUGAGGAGCACCCUCAACGGCGUCCGGCUCGAGGGCACCGGCGGCGACAAGACGGAGAAGAUCGACGCCGAGCCGGCCGGCCAGGACAACGAGACGCAGGAGGUGGCGUCGGAAUCCGACGACGGCAGCGACGAGGGCGAGGACGACGACUUCUACGACGAGGAGGAGAACGACGUGCCCGCGACGCAGGCGACGGACGUGUCCGGCCUCGAGCCCGAGCCCGAGCGGCCCGGCCUGCGCAAGGUCUCCUCGAGGACCGUCGUCAACGGCGUCUCGAGCGAGGCGCCGCGGGAGACGUCGUCGCCGACGAGCCCGUCGGCCGACUUUCCCGGCCCCGCCAGCCACGCGCCGACGGAAUGCGCCGACGCCGCCGCGCACUACGACAAGGUCGUCGGCGACGACGUCGUCCCCGCGCCGCUCGGCAAGGUCUACGACCUCGUCUUCGGGCCCGCGUCGGUCGCCUGGAUGUCCAAGUGGUUGACGGGCGACCAGAAGUGCACCGAGCUGCAGAUGGACGACAAGAAGGGGCUGGGCCCGGACAACAAGACCCGCACCUACUCGUACAUCAAGCCUCUCACGGCGUCCAUCGGGCCGCGGCAGACCAAGUGCAUCGUCGCCGAGACGCUCGACGUCUUCGACCUGGACAAGGCCGUCAGCCUGAGCAUCUCGACGCAGAAUCCCGACGUGCCGAGCGGAAACGUCUUCUCCGUCAAGACAAAGUACUGCCUCUCGUGGGCCGAGAACAACGCGACGCGCGUCCAGGUCAACUGCACGACCGAGUGGACGGGGAAAAGCUGGCUCAAGGGCCCCAUCGAAAAGGGCGUCGUCGACGGCCAGACGCAGUACUGCAAGGAAUUGUUCGCCGCCCUCAAGUCGGGCGCGUCGACGCGGCCGCGGGCGGGCACGGGGCCCAACGGCUCGACGAGGGCCAAGAAGAAGCCCAAGAAGAGCAAGGCGCUCCAGUCAGCCGAGGGCAACGACGAGUCGGCGAGGUCGAAGCACGCCGCGAAGCAGGGCUGGGGCCCUCUGGAGCCGGUCAGGGGCCUCCUCGAGCCGCUCGUCGAUCUCGUCCGGCCGGUGCUCACGGGCAACGUCAUGUACGGCCUCCUCGUCGGCCUGCUCGUCGCCAUGUGGUUCGGCUUCGGGUCCGGGCCCCGAAAGGGCGCCGGGCCGGACAUUGGCUUCUACAGCGCCGACCGGCUCGCCGCCUACGAGGAGAUGUGGAGGCGGCAGGAUAGCGAACUGUGGGACUGGCUCGAGGAGCGCGUCGGCCUCGAGCGAUUGAGUUCGGACAUGCCGAACGGCCGGCGGAGGGCGAUGGAGCCGCGGACGGCUGAGGAGCGGCUGCGGGAGGAGCGCAUGAACGCUCGGGAGAUGGAGGAGGCCAUCCGCGUGACGGAAGAGAAGCUCAGGGUGCUCCGGGAGGUGGUCGGAAAGGCGAACGAGGCCCAGGGUUCCCGCUGA